AUGACGGAUUUUGAGCCGCUACAACAGAAGCCAGAAUCCGCCGAUGCCUGCGCUGAUUUUGAGCGUGGAUUUGAGGAAUUCAUGCGUGGGCACUUGGAUGAAUGUAUGUCAUUUGCAUCAUGUAGUUCUCCUCGUAAUCCUGAUGAUGAUGAUGAUGAGGGUGAGCAGCUCGUGCGGAGGAGACGGAGGUUGGAUUUGGAGGGUGAUGAUUUAGCAGAGUCAUCGGCUGCCCGACGCCACCACUCCCGGAUUUUGAGCCGUUGGGCUGCGCGGCAGGCACAAGAAAUGAUAACUACCAUUGAGAGGAGGAAUCGUGAGUCUGAGCUGAUGGCACUCGCAGGGCUGCAUACGGUGUCGAUGCUUGACUCCUCAUUCUUGAGGGAGUCACAGUCCCCUACUUCAAGGCGGCAGGGGGCUGUGGAGAGGCCAAGCACUCAGGCUUCUGCGAUUUUGCAAAUGUGGAGGGAGUUAGAGGAUGAGCAUGUGUUGAACAGAGCGCGUGAAAGGGUGAGGGAAAGGUUGAGGCAUCGGAGGAGUGUUGAGUCUAAUACUAAUGAGUCAACCACAAAUAUGUCUGAUAGUCGAGGGAGUGAGAAUCAGGGUAGUUUGGUGGAUGCGAGUGAGAGUGAGAAUGAGUAUGGGACUUGGUCACAUGAUCAGAUGGCUUCACAACAUGAACGUGGCGCUAAUGACGCUUCUAGUAGGGAGCAAUCUCCUGAUCUUGGCGAAGUUGAGAGGGAGAGAGUGAGGCAGAUUGUACGAGGAUGGAUGGAAACUGGAAUUAGUGAUCAUUCAUCCAAUGUUGCUCCGAGAAAUAAUAGUCCCAGAGCAGAGUGGCUAGGUGAGACAGAGCGUGAAAGGGUGAGAAUUGUUCGUGAGUGGGUGCAAAUGGCAAGUCAGCAAAGAGGAGCACGUGGGGGCCGAAGGGAAGAUCAAGUUACGAGUAUUGGUGCUCAAGUUGAUCGAGCUCGUGAUGCUCCUGUUGCUGACCAUGAAGAAGGCCAACCGGAGCACAUUCGCAGGGACAUGUUGAGGUUGCGCGGAAGACAAGCUAUAAUUGAUUUGCUCGUGAGGAUUGAGACAGAAAGACAAAGGGAGCUCCAAUCUUUGGUGGAGCAUCGGGCUGUCUCUGAUUUUGCUCAUCGUAACCGCAUUCAGUCAUUGCUCAGAGGUAGAUUCUUACGGAAUGAAAGACCCGUUGAAGAAGAAAGACCGCCUUCCAUGGCUGCUGGUGAAUUAGUUCAGUUGAGACAGCGACACACUGUUUCUGGUUUAAGGGAAGGGUUCCGCUCCAGAUUAGAAAACAUUGUUCGUGGUCAAGUUGGCAGCCAUACUGAUUCUGCGACUAACAGUAACAUUAAUGAUUCUAGAAGCGAUCAUACUCAAACAAAUGCUUCACAGGAUGUCCAACAGGAAAAUCAUGAGGAAUUGCAGACUGGGAGUCAUGGGACUGACGUCAAUCUGUUGCCUGAUCCAAUGGGGAACUUGGAAAGCAACACAGCUGUUGAACGUCUCGAUUGGCAAGAAACUGCUAAUGAAGGAAGGAAUUGGCAGGAGCCAAGUGCUGAAGAUGAGACACAAAACUGGCAGCAGACAACUUUCAGUCAAUUCAAUGAAUGGAGAGAUGGUAAUGCUGAAGAUACUGUUGAAAAUUGGCAAGAAAAUUCAGUCAAUAAUUGGCCUCAGGAGACUCCCAGAAAUGUUGAUGGAGAAACAGAUCAUCAGCAAGAAGCCCAGGGGAUUUGGCAUGAGAAUGGUUCUCGGGAAGCUGUUGGAAAUUGGGCCGAAGGGCCUUCUGCUCCUGUGAGAAAUCGUCGUUCUGUUCCAAUUAGAAGAUUCAAUAGAUUUCAUCCACCAGAUGAUGAUAACGUGUACAGUAUGGAACUCAGGGAACUUUUGAGCAGGAGAAGUGUUUCCAAUCUUCUUCGUAGCGGGUUCCGUGAAAGUCUGGACCAUCUAAUACAGUCAUAUGUCGAAAGACAAAGUCGUUCUCCCAUUGAUUGGGAUUUGCAUAGGAAUUUGCCAACACCAACUCCGGCUUCACCAGAGCAGGAUCAGGAGCAACAGAGGGAUGAUCAGAAUGAAGAUCAACAUGAUGCCAUCAACAGACCUUCACUUGUUCUACCAUCUCCACCAGUGCCCCCACCACAGCCAUUAUGGCAUCAGGACUUACAUCACACUGGCUGGUCUCGUCAUAGCAUGCAUCGUUCAGAAAUCGAAUGGGAGAUGAUUAAUGAUCUGAGAGCAGACAUGGCAAGACUUCAGCAAGGCAUGAGCCACAUGCAGAGGAUGUUGGAGGCCUGCAUGGAUAUGCAAUUGGAGUUGCAACGUUCUGUCAGACAGGAAGUUUCUGCAGCUCUGAAUCGUUCAUCUGGUGAAAAAGGGUUAGGCGCUGAGACAUCAGAGGAUGGGUCUAAAUGGGGUCAUGUAAGGAAAGGGACCUGUUGUGUUUGUUGUGAUAGCCACAUCGAUUCUCUCUUGUACAGAUGCGGGCACAUGUGCACUUGUUCAAAAUGUGCAAACGAGUUGGUUCGUGGCGGAGGGAAGUGCCCACUUUGUCGAGCACCGAUUGUUGAGGUGAUUCGAGCAUACUCCAUACUGUAA